ACUACGUCAUUUCUGAGAACCGAAGUCCCACGAAACUCGCUAAGUGUCGUAUUCGGCAGUCAGCGAAGAAAAGAACGAGUGUUGAAAAAUCGUCUCCUUUUCCAAAAUGGGAAGUGAAGAGUCAAAAAUUAAAUAUUCAGAAAGCCGAGACACCGCGGAUCCGACAGCGUGCGAGCAAGGUCGGCUCAGAGCCCAAGAAGAGCACGAGAGGAAAAUGAAAGAGCUGCAGGGUGAGUUGGAAAGACUGCGUCUGCGAUCGUUGCGUGACGCCGAAGAAAGGGCUCGAAUUGAAGACGAAGAGCUAAGAGAGAACUUGGAUGUCCAACAACGUGAAACAGAAAAGUUAGCGAGAGAGCUAAAGGAAAAGGAAAAAACGCUCCAACUCAAAGAAACACUGAUGAAUUACGACUUUCAAUGCCACCCACGUAUUAGGAAAGAAGCCUUCCGUGAUCUGCGAGUGGACAACAUUGAAUUCAUUCGCAUUGCCUUAAUCGGGCCAGCGGGUUCCGGAAAGACCAGUUUCAUAGGAACUCUACAGCGAGCUAUCGGAGAGACCCAAAGCGCUUUUGAACAUGGAAAGGGAGGAGAAGGCGAUAUUCUUCUCCAGGAAUAUUACGUGCAAAAACAAAUUCGGAUACUGGACACCAGAGGAUUUUUUGAACGAGACGACAAGCUUUUUGAUGAAUGCCUGAACAUCCUAACAGGAAGAAUUCGCCCUGGAGAGGAAAUUGAGAGAGAACACGAAAAGUCUGAAAAUCGCUCUAGCGAUGGAGGGCAGGAGUCGAUGAUGACAGCAAGGAAGAUUCAACCGUUCUCUAAAUACGUACACGCUGUAAUUUUUGUUGUAAAAGGGAACGACCGUCGACUAGAGACAGGCACUUACACUGAGCCACUUAAGAAGAUCCGGGCUCACUUUCAAAGAGAGGGUCACACUCCUGUAACUGUAAUCACGUGUCUGGACAAAUUGAAAACUGAAGAGGACCAAAGAAAUGCAUGUGGCAUGGCAGCUCAGGUAACCGGCGGUGCUGGAGGGAGAACUCACCUCAUUUCUAACUAUACAGAGGAGAAUAACAACAGGAGUAUUACAGUAGAGCGAGCCGCUCUUGACAUUUUGGAGUCCGCUUUGAUUUCUGCUGAAAGCUUCAUACAAAUACGUAAGCAGAGAGAAAAAACUCACAGGAAAAGGGAAGCAAUGGCUUCAGGACAAAGCAGUGGAGUGGAUAGUGUGGAGAAGUUCUUUGCCCGGCUAAAGCAACAGCACCACUGGACCGAACAGGGGAAAGUAAAUUCAGCACUAGACUACCUGAGAAGACAGGAAAUCAACACCGUCAUGGUCCUUAAGGAAAUGUGGAAAGAAAUCAAGUCGGACCUGCCAUUGUCCACGGGCAUGAGGAAAGUUUUAGAACAGGAAAUGGGACAUAUUUAAAGUAUCACUGUAACGAAAGAGUCAAACGUGAUAUUACUUUCUUUUAUCAUUUUGAUACCUCCGUACGUUUACAGACUUUUUAGGUGUAUUCGACCACAAUUCUUGGUAAUAAGUAAUGUUUUAUAUCUGCUUUUACUUAUUUUAGGCUUUCGCCGACAUGCAUAUUUGACGUACCGUACACUAUCAUUCUUUUUCAACCUGCUGUAAGAUGAAUAGGUCAGAAAAGCUAUAGAAGAAAAGCGCUCCAAACCUAACUUAAAGAUUGCUGUUUAAAUGUAUCACUAGAACCACACGAGGGACCGGCAGUUGGAUAUUGAGAGGGGUCUAAGCGAAAGGGAGUUGGAUGAUUUUUGGUUAUGUUAAAGACUCUUAUUCUGGAAACACAAAAAUGUUUAGACCCCACUCCUCCCCCUGAGGAUUCCAACCUCUUAUGUGUGAUUUCUUACCCAUUGGGAAAUUAUUUCAUAACAUAUUUUGUGUAAGAUGGUUUUACCUCAAUUGCAACUCUUUUCGUUUCGGUAUGGUAACGUAAUCAGUUCGUGUUACAUGAUUUAGCCGUUCAAGGGCCCAUGUGAGAAAACUAUCUUUUCGUGUGAGUUCUCUGGUAAGUAAAAUAGCCUUCGACAUUUGUGUAAUGUUUGAAUUUCAAGAAAGUAACCUAGAAAAUCUCAACAAGUUAAACGGAAGACAUCGAUGUUCAAGCUUGGCAACUAUUUAGGAAAACAUGACCUCAUUACUAAGCUUCACGUGAAGACCAACACCUUACUCGGGGGCACAGUCACUACCACAGUGGUAAGGCUUUACGCAUGCGUAAGUUACAGGCCAUUUCGCUGCUGCAUUCUUCUUAUUUUACUGAAAAUGUGUUGAGCUUCAUGCAUACCACACUCACUCCAAAAGUUGCUGUUACACUGAAAAUUAGAGUGUAUGAUUUCUCUCAUAAGCCUCUUGCCUUAACGGAAUCCAAACAUUUAUUUGACUUUUAAGUCAAAUGGUUAAAACUAUUAAAAUAGUUUCCAAGAUUUCAGUGUUUCCAGGACGAUUCUGACUUUGACUGACUUUGCCUGUUAUGUAGGGAACCAUUGAAAUAAGACUGGCUCUAGCGUUCAGAUAUAGUUUGUAGGGAUAAUUUGCAUAGGUAGCAAUGGCGAUCAUACCAAAACAAGUUAACGCCACAAAUAAUAAACACUCCAAAACGUUUAUUUGUAGCAAACUACAGCAAACCUAUAAGAAAUUAAGCGUUCCUCGAAGAGGCGAGAAAUUAAUUGCUUUUUUCUGUACAAGAUUAACCAAGCCUCACUUUGCUUUCAAACGUAAACCGCUGUGAUCUAUUGCAAGCGUUUGCGAAAUCAUCAUUUUGAAAGCUGAGUGCAACAAUUGAAACGCAAAUCUUAAUUCAAAGUAGGUUACUUAAUAGCUUCAUUUAUCGCCUCAGAUAACAACAUUACUCUUCGGAUUUCGUGCUUAUGUCAAUUGUUACGUGAGUACCUCUGUUAUACGAAAUAUGAAUUUACAUUUGCAAGAUAAAAUCAAAGUCAUCUGAUACUAGCUGUGUAAAAAUACCAUACAAGAUAAGAAACUAAAUCUCAUCGACAGCAUGA